CCCAAUGAUCCACUGGAGACAUGGCUGAGGGAGGACAAACAGGAGAGGAGCUGACCUGCGCGAUAUGUGUGGAGAGUCUCCGUGACCCGGUACAGUUACCCUGCAGCCACAGGUACUGCCGAGACUGUAUAGCUAGGUUUGCUGAGAUGUCUAAGCCUAAAGGCACCCCAGAGUCCUCGACGGAUCCAACGGAAAACGAUUGGCUGAUAGCCUGCCCAAUGUGCAGAGAACCGACCAAGCUAUGGAGAGAAGGGGUGACUGGCUUGUCGGUCAACACCUCUCCUGCAGGAGCGGGAGAGAAAUUCGAGUCAGAGGUAAAGGUCGAGUCAGAGGUCAAGGUUGAGGCGAGCAGUCUACGGUGUUCUCUGUGUGAAGAGGGAAACGCAAAGGCAGCCGUCAAGAUUUGUGCAGACUGUGACACUUUCUACUGUGAGGAUUGUCUAACUCACCAUCCAAUGAGGGGUAAAUUCAAACAUCACCAGCUAAUUUCUCCCCAAGAGUACAUCUUCCAGAGGCAGAAGGAGAGUCCGGAGAAGACCAAAGAUGAAGACCUGGACAUGUGUACAACGCACAAGAAGCCGCUGGUCCUGUACUGUGGCGCCUGUCAACAGCUCUGUUGUCUUGAUUGCAUGAAGGAACAUUGUGAACAUCCAAUGAGUGACAAAAUAUCAGCGUAUACGAAACUUAAGGGGCCAUGUGUUAAAAAAACUGAAGACAGCAUAGAGUUGAAAGACACAUUGACUGCCUUUGUUUCUGAAGCAGAGCAAUUCCUGAGUGACGUAAAGGAAAACAAAGAUGGAAAAAAAAGAGAAAUUGAAAAAGCUUAUAAAAAAGGCCUUGAAGUGCUGAAUACAUGGAGAAGAGAUGCCCUGGAGCUUGUUGAAAAAGAGCAUUCUCCCCUGACAAGCCAGAUGGAGACGUCAUUGGCGGAGCUUCAGGUGAAUAUGGGAGAAAUGGAGAAGAUAAUAGAAGAGUCGUCGAAUCUCCCAACUUCCCUCACAGAGAAUUUCUUACAGCUGUCCAAAACGCUGACCUCAAGGAUUGAUGAACAGCUGCCUAAAGCAAGAGUCUACCUGGAGCUACACAAGGAAGCAAUGGAGAAGCGUGAGAAAUGGUUGAAGCUGAAUCUAGUCUCGCCUCUUUAUCUGAACGUGGAUCUGAAGACAAUAUUAGUGUCGAAGAUGAAGUUCACGAGAACAGAUGACACAAGCUUAGUGAUUGAGGACAAUGGCUGUACGGUCAGACUUGAGGAUGGUCCUGACGAAUGGUGCACUGCCUGGACAGACAGUUAUAUGCAGACAGGAUGCCAUUUCUGGCAAACUGAUGUCUCCUGCCUUUCUUUACAUGAGCCUGAGACAGGCGAAUACAUGUGUUCUGCUGGUGUGACACAGGAAGACUGUGUCAACCUUGCUGAUAAAACUGGUGAGAACUGUUGGUGGAUUGGGAUUAAGCGGCGGAAACGUUUGUGCUAUAUUGACAGUCAUUGUGGUAAGGUGGAGAAAGGUUUUGCAGAACUGGUACCUUUACAGACUACACUCUCCCUGGGAUUCUGUCUGCAGUGUGAAAAGCGAAGACUUACAAUUGCAGACUGUGUACGAAACGCUGUAAUACUCAACAUAGACAACGUGGAUGUGUCCAAACCUCUUGUACCUGCUGUGGAUUUUGAUGGGAAGGUUCUACAAUCUGGGUCAGCUCAUCUUGUAACGGGUGACUCGGUGUCGCCACCAAGUGUCCUGUGGAGCAUAUUUUCUGGAGAUAAAAUUUCGUUUUUUGUAGAUUUGACAUUUAAAAUUAGUGUCUUUGUCUUACACCGACAGAGUAAAGCCAUGGCAGACACCGCACAAACGUUAGAGGAUCUCACCUGUGCAAUAUGUGUGGACCACUUCCGGGACCCGGUCAAGUUACCAUGCCAACACACGUACUGUAGAGAAUGCAUUCGUGCCCAUGCUGAAAAGUCCAGACCUAAAGAAACUAAUGACAUCUCCGAGUCCUCAAGAGUCCUAAAGCAGGAUUGGUUAAUAUCCUGUCCGCUUUGCUGGAGAGAAGCCAGUCUGGGAAGAGACGGCGUGGACGGGUUGCCAAACAACAUCUAUCUGGCCGAUAUGGUGGAUAAGCCCACUUCAGGGGAGACAACUGAGGAAAACGGGCCUUGGUGUUCUCUCUGUGAGGAGGACAACAAGACGAAAGCGGCUAAGUUUUGUACCAGCUGCAGGCUGCUGUACUGUGAGAGCUGCCUGGUUGACCUUCAUCCCGUAAGAGGCGAGUUCAGACGACACCGCCUGAUUUCUGCUGAAGGGUAUGGCCUCGAGAGAAGCACGGAAAUCCUUGGGAAGACAGGAGAAACUGACCAGGAACUAUGUGUGACACAUAGCAAGCCGCUCAUCAUGUACUGUGACGCUUGUCACAAGCUCAUUUGCAUAGAGUGUCUCACAGAACAUGGCGGACACGCAAUGCGUGAUAAAGAGACGGUGUACAGGAAGCUUAAGGAACCAAUUGUCGAGAAAACUAAUCUGUGCAAAGAGCUUAAAGACAGCAUGAAUGAUUUUGUUUCUGAAGUGAAUGGUUUUCUGCAGGAUACCGAGGGAAACGAAGGGAAACACAAAGCAGAGAUUGAAAAGGCUUAUAGUCAAGGCCUGGAAGUGUUGAAUACGUGGAGAAGAGAUGCCCUGGAGAUUAUGGACAACCGGCAUCUAUCUCUUACCAGCCAGUCAAAGACAGUCUUAAUAGAACUUCCGGAGAAACUGGCAGAAAUCGAGAAGAUGAUCCAAGAGGAAGUGGAUCUCCCAACUUCCCUCACAGAGGCUUUCUUACAGAUGUCAAGAAAUCUGACUGCAAGGCUUCAUAACCAGUUGCCUAAAGUUACUGGCUUCAUGAAAGAUCAGCGGGAAACUAUGACAAAUCUGGAAGAAUCCUUAAAGCUAUACCCAGCCGUCCCUAUACAUCUGGAUGUGAAACUGGAUACAGUAAAAGUUCCAAAGAUGAAGUUUAUCAGUACCUUUGUACACGACUUAACUAUCAUGGAGCAAUGCCGUAAGGUUAUGCUGGUAGGGGGCUCACAGCAGUACUGCGAAGCGUGGACAGAUGGUUGCUUUCAGACGGGAUGUUAUUACUGGCAAAUCAAGAUCUCUGCAAUUCCUUCUGUGAAAAAUGGGAACUGUAUCUGCUCAGUUGGUGUCAAGAACGAAAACUACACUCUCAAUGACAAAGCGGGCGCAAAAUGCUGGUGGGUUGGGAUUGAUCACUUAGAUGGUAAGGCCAGGAUGAAAAGUCCCUGUGGUGAGAUCAAAAAAGUCUAUAAGGAGUGGUUUACCGAUAGAAACUGUUACACGUUUGGGUUCUAUCUUAAUUGUGAGACACUGAGUUUAAUAAUAAUAGAUAGCGAGCAAGAUGACGUAAUACUCACCUUAAAAAAUGUGGACUUGUCUAAACCUCUUGUUCCUGCGGUUGAUUUUAGUGGUUUAAGAUUGCAUUCCGCAACAGCCCGUCUGAUUACUGAUGAUUUAGUAUCUCUGCCCACAGUUCUGUGGAGGACAUUGUAGCUUCUUGUACCAGACAUCACUGAGGCACAGGAUUUUUCUGUACUAUGUGUACCAGCACGUCUGAUUUUUGAUGAUUUGGUAUCUGUACCCACAGUUUUGUGGAGCACAUUGUAGGUUCUUGUACCAGAUAUCACUGAGGCGCAAGGUUGUUCUGUAGUAUCUGUAACCAGGACGCCUGAUUACUGGGAAACUAUCGAAACCACACUCAUGUUUUGACUUUUUGUGAUAAGUUCAGACAUAGCUCUUAUUCAUGUGAAAUAUCAAUGUUCUUCACUCAAAAUAACCCCCAAGAAAUAACCACUGUGAUUAUGUAAGGUCCUUGCUGUAAAACCUAUAAAAU